UAAGGGGUGGAGAUGAAAAGGGAACACUGUAGCACUUUGCAUGUUUGCAACCUUUAUUUCCGUUACACAUUUAUUUCUGUGUUUUUCCCAGUAGGUUAACCGCCAUAAUACGUUCUGGUUUAGUAAUGGGGCAAAGUAAACUAAGUUUACCGCUCAUGUACUAUUAGUUGUAGUUGUUGAGAUCUCGAACCUUAUCUAGGUGGUGCUGUCUGCCGUGAUUGGAGCUAAGCUAAGUAAAGUUAUACCACCGGCAAAAGAAGAAGCUAGCCACGGUUUGUUAACUAAAUAUUGCGGCGAGGACUGGCCGGAGAGUCGAUUUCCUCCAUUUCCUAUUACAGCGCUCUUCUCAAAUCUAAGGUCCCCAUUACUUCAGCUGGUGAUCAGCAUUCGGGGCUCACUGUGUUCACGGUAGAGAUGAAGCAGUGCCGUCGAGUACUUUUGUACUUCAUCAUCCCCCUAUUUAUGGUCCAGGGAUCUUGGGCAGAACAGCUGUCUUGUAAGGGAGCGUUUGACAUGUAUUUUGUUUUGGACAAGUCUGGGAGCGUGUCUGAAAACUGGCAUGAGAUCUAUGAUUUUGUCGAGAAGCUCACUGAAAGAUUUGUCAGCCCAUUAAUGAGAUUGUCCUUCAUUGUAUUUAGCUCAAAGGCUGACAUUGUGAUGAAACUAACAGGAGACAGAGCUGAGAUUAAAAAUGGCCUUCAGAGAUUGAAGAAUGUGAACACAGGAGGAGAAACAUAUAUGCACGAAGGAAUUAAAGCAGCCAAUGAACAGAUUGAGAAGGCUGGAGGUCGCAGAACUGCCAGUAUUGUGGUGGCUCUGACAGAUGGGGAGCUACUGGAUUCGUUGCCACAUUAUGCUAUACAGGCGGCUGAUCGUGCAAGAGAAUUAGGUGCUAGAGUGUACUGUGUUGGAGUUAAAGAUUUCAGUGAAGACCAGGUGAGAUUCAGUUGUAAACUGAAAGACUAA